AUGCAUGACUUGGUUCGUGAUGUUGCUAUUCAAAUAGCAUCGUCAAAAGAAUUUGGUUUCGUAAUAAAGGUUGGCAUUGGGUUAAAGAAGUGGCCAGGGAGUUUUGGAAGCUUUGAAGAUUGCACAACUAUUUCGUUAAUGGGCAAUAGACUGAAAGAACUUCUUGAAGGAUUGGUAUGUCCACUGCUCAAAGUUUUGUUAUUAGAAUUGAAUGAUAGCGUGGAUGUUCCAUGUAAGUUUUUUAAAGAGAUGAAAGCGUUAGAAGUUUUGUCUCUAAAGGGAGGGUGCUUGUCGUUGGAAUCACUUAAAUGCUCAACGAACCUUCAAUCUCUGCAAUUUAUUGAGUGUGAAUGCGUGGACCUAAUUUCGUUGAGAAAGCUGCAAAGACUUAAGAUUCUUGGUUUUCUGAGCUGCUACUCGAGUGAAGAAUUGCCUGAAGAAAUAGGGGAGCUCGAGAGCGUAAGGUUGAUGGAUUUGACUGGUUGUACCGGUCUAAGAAGGAUUCAUGUGAAUUUGAUUGGAAGGUUGAAGAAGUUAGAAGAACUGUUGAUUGGGUCUAAAAGCUUUAUGAAAUGGGGUGUUGGUGGGACAAGCAGAGGAGGAAUGAAUGCAAGCCUAACAGAACUAAAUUCAUUGUCUCAUCUUUCUGUAUUAUCGUUGAGGAUACCAGAGACCAAAUACAUUCCCAGAGAUUUUGUUUUCCCCAAGUUGCUUAAAUAUGAAAUCCUAAUAGGAGGGGAUACAUGUUUAAGGUGUCAAACCUCGACAAUUUUGGCUUUCGAUUCUAUCAGCAUCACAUCCCUAAAUGCAAAGACAUUUGAGCAGUUGUUCCCUAGUGUUGAUCAAGUAAGCCAUGAGGAGAAGGUGUUGCUGCUGUUAUCUUUAACGGAUUUAAAAUUGGUAUCCUUAUCUACGCUCAAGUAUACAUGGAAGGGACCUACCCGACAUGAAAGCCUCCAAAGUCUUACUUAUCUGAAAUUGUGGCAUCUCUGCCAACUCAAAUUCAUCUUCACACCGUCCCUGGCUCAGAGUCUACCACAACUAGAAACACUUGAGAUAAAAGAUUGCAGUGAAUUAGAGCAUAUUAUCACAAGUAAGGAUGAUAAUUAUGAGGGGGAAAUAAUUCCAAACUCUAUUUGCUUCCUAAAAUUAAAGACACUCUUCGUAUGCAUUUGUGAGAAACUGGAAUAUGUCUUUCCAUUGUCUGUGGCUCCAAGUCUUCUGAACCUCGAAGAGUUACAUAUUGUAAGUGCCGAUAAAUUAAAGAAAUAUUUGGUAGUGGAGAAGGAGAAGAUACACCCACAACUGAUGGAGAUGGCAUCAUCAUGUUUCCUCAACUAA